AGGAAUGGCCAGCUAUCUGAUCCUGCUGGUGGGGGAGAUCACCGACCUGAUGUGGGCCCCCAUCGCCGGCUUUUUGCUUCAGUAUCUUUUUGGAAGCUUACUCGUGAGCUCUCUGGGCACUUUAGAAGAGUUUCUGCCCUUCACCGACAUUUUGCCGACUGCCACACUUGCAUGGGCGAUCUGCCACUUGGAAUGCUUGUCUUUUCUGCGGCUCUUGCUGGGUGUACAGCGCCAUAGCCCAGCGGUGGUGGAGGAUAAGGCACCUGCCAUGCGCGUCCCGUCUCGGCGUCCUUCGAAGUCUUGGGAUGGCAGGUUCAUGGCAGACUCCCUUGUACAGAGCCGCUGGAACGACUGGUUUUCAAUGACCAACCAGUUCAAGACCUUCCCCAGCCACAUGCAGACGCGCCAGUACAACAUCCAGAAGGUGGUGAACUGGUUCCGCAACCGGCGCUAUGCAUUGGAAGUAGAGAGCAAGCAGCGCAGCACCAAGAACCGAAACCAUGCGGAGGUGCUGAAGCGUUUCCGCCUGUCCCGCUUUGGUUGGCAACGCCGGCGCUCGCGACUGCGCGACGGGAAACGUCGCCGCCGCAGUUGGCUGGACAAGAAGAACUCAAAGAAGAUCGAUUAUGUCCACCGUGUGGAUAUGCUGAAGAUGAUUCGCAGUGCCACGUAUUUCAAGCUUCGCAUCCGUGACUUUCCGAAGGAUCCCAACCCCAACGUCCGCGAGACGCGCGGCAUCGUGGGCAGCCACUUUGGCUAA